GUGACAACUUCUGAUUUUGACACGUAUUUCAAUAAAAACCACAAUAAUGGAAUCAAGCGAUAAACUAACUUGUCUACAUCUCUUAAAAGAAAAAGAUCCUUCCAGAAUAUUACGAAAAUGUUUGGCGAUAAUCGAGCACCAGCUGACCCAAAACAAUUGGAGCAGACAAUUAAAAACCAUUCAACAGUUUCUAUUUUUGUGCCAAAAUGGACUGCUGGUCAAGGAUCUCCCUGAAAUAGUGUAUUUCACUGAACUACUUCUAAGAAUUUGCGUCGAUAAGAAAGAAGAAUUUGUCCCAGUUAUUGAUGAGCUAAUAAAAAUUUUGCAGAUUCCACCUGUUUUAACUAAAACCAAAGAGGUGCUGACAUUUAGCGAAGAAAUUAAAGAAUAUUUUGACUGGCUAGGCUUACUAAUAGUGGAUCUUUGCAAAAAUUACAAACUAAAAAUAAUUAAAGUGGUUUACUCAUUACUCACCACCACGUGUUCACAAAGAAAACAUCUUUCACUUGACACCAGAUUGGAUAAAGCUCAUCUAAGCAACCUUCCAGACCUUCUAGGGGAAUAUAUACAACAAGUGGAUGAUGAGGAGGUUUAUCAUGAAUUGUUAAAGAUUAUCCAAAUACUUAUCAAUGGACCGAAAGGAACUUGUGCAAGACUAUUAAAAAAAAGUGUAGUGUGCACCUUAAUAGUAAGGCUAGAACCAAAAUGGCGGGAAAGAUUCCCUUUGAUAAAACCAGGCCUACCACUCGGAUCAGAAGAAAUUACGCACACCGAACGGAUAUUCCAAAUUUUGACCAAAUUGUUGGAAUAUGCUAAUAACAAGAACAUGAGCGCACCAUCUAAAUUUACUCUAUGGAGUCUACAAUGGGCUUUUCGACUCUUCACCAUUAAAGAGUCAACCAAAGUGGAACGAAAUAACGUCCUGGCAGUUCUACUAUUACUGAUGGACAUUUAUCCAGACGUCCUGGUGGGGAACUUAACAUUUGCUUAUGAUAUCGCCAUGUUAGCAAUGAACCGUGACAUCUGGUUCCACACUAAUUGGACCAGUGACAUUGUAUUAAAUACUAGCCAGGAAGACCAUAGUUGCAUGGCUUUACUCUUGAUGUGUAUUUCUUAUUUUCCUAAUUGCUUAUCUGGACCAAAAGUAAUUGAAGAAUGCAGGGUAGUCAUAGGUCUGAUUAAGCUUAUAUCAAAUCAGCAAACAAUCAGGUGGCAACAAUUGCAGGCCUGUUAUCUGAUCAGAUUGUCUCUUAAUAUUUUACAUAAAAUCGUGCCGCCCUGCCCAGAGGAGUUUGUUGAAAAUGGAGGUCCUCUAGUUAUUUUAGAACUGAUUAAUCGUUCAAAGGGGCGCUUGGAAGUUUACUGUUUUGACGUGGUGUUUCGCAGUGUUGAACUAUUGUCCCAUUUGGCUUAUAAUAUUAAAAGUGUGCGGGAGUGUAUAGCCUACAAUAAUGGUUUCAGCAUCAUUUUAAACCUUUGCCAAGAACAAAUAAGUGUCAAGCUGAUCAUGAGAAAAACCCAAUUGCUCCUAAGUGUCGGCAUAUGCCUGCUAGAACAGAUAUGUUCUGAAAUCGACGAAGUGCUAAGAAUCCUUCCUCUGCUUAUAAGCUACAUGAAGCGAUACGUAAAUCCCGUACAAAAAGAACAUGUGCAAAUUCCAAACCUAAUCAUAAUCUGUCUCAGUUUUAUAUGGAAUAAAGUAAUAUCCUGCGAGGCUGCGGGCAAAGAGUUUGUGAAGAUGGGUGGGGUGUAUUUGAUGUUGGAUAUCGUUCAGGUGGGUUGCAUGCCAGUGAAAAUGGUGGCAUUGGGAGCGUUAAUUGACUUAUGCGAAACUGUCCAGUGCAUUCCCUAUCUGAUCACCUGGAGGAAGAACAAUCAGGGAAUUAAGGCGAUGCUUCUCAAUGUGUUUAGGCAAGAAAAUAAUGAUAUGUUGGUAAAACAUGAUGAAAAUAGCAUAAUAAUCGACCCCACAUUGCCUAUUAUGGGAGUAGUUCAAUUCUUCGAAACCUAUUGUCUCUGCAAAAAAUAUGUUGGAAAUGCAGCAAUUGCUGACAUGUUCAUCAGUUGCAGGCCGAAAAUUUACUGCUUGCUGCAGAUUCUAGAUUAUAAACAAAAUGACACUGUUGAAAUUGCCAAUGACUGUUAUAAGCUGUAUUCUGAAGAACUUACUGUAAAAGAUCAGAUCGCCUACAUUCUAGCUGAAAACUAUUUGGCUUUAAAACUAUGUGAACAAUGGAAAGAGAUAAGAGAAGAAUUUCGACGUUUAGACCUAGAACCCAUACCAACAGAUGAAUACAUUCUUAAUUUGAUGGCCGAUAUUUCAGACAAAUGGGGCAAAGAUUUACAAAAGAUGCAAAGGGCGAUUUUGACCAAAUACCAGAUGAAGCAACAUAAAAAGGAACAAUUUCUUUAUGAAAGAUUAAGACACUCAAAUUUAUUUGAUGCCUGGGAGUCGCUUAAUCAAAUGAAAUUCAUCGCGCGUUGCUCUGAACGGCUGUUCAGAGUAACAUCAAAUUUUAACCUGCAAACUCAAGUGCAUCAAAGUUUGAAGCAUGAUAAUAUAAACGGAGAAAUCCAUAGGACUUUUCCCUCAAACUUAUCCAUAGCGUGCGUUCAUAAUCAGAUAAUCCAGAUUCCUCCCGAAACAUAUGAGGACUCCCUCUCAGUACAAAAGCCAAUUAUUGUAUCGCCAUUUUCGUCAGGCAAUUCUUCUCCAAGGCUUCCAACCGAUGAACUCAGAGGGGAAUAUUUGGAAGAAGAUGAAAAAAGAAUUGAAAAAGAGCCUGGUUUAAGUGUUUAUAAAUCUUCAUCGCUUAUUGGAGCUGGACCUAGUAUGACUAUUUUAAAAGAAUUCUUGUUUUAGAUUUUUCAAAUAUACCUAUAUAUAUUUUUUAAA